AUGGCAGCACCCAUCCCCCGCCACAUCCACUCCUCGAAGCCGCACUUCCAAUGGUCGCGGGACCUCGAGCCGGUUCUGAGGGUGGCCUCGGGGUCCGAGGUGACGCUGGACCUGCGCGACGGCGGCAACAACCAGAUCCGGCCCGACAACAUCGCCACGGCCAUGUCGUCCUUUGACGCGUCGCAGGCGGACCCGGCAAUAGGCCCCAUCUACGUCGAGGGCUGCGAGCCGGGGGACGUGCUCAAGGUCGAGAUCCUCGAGCUCACGCCCGGCGACUAUGGCUGGACGGGCAUCUUCCCGGGCUUCGGCCUGCUGGCCGACGAGUUCACCGAGGCGGCCGUGCCCGACGCCGCGCAGCGCGUCAAGCUCUGGGACCUGACGGCGGCUGGCUGCAUCACUGCUGGCAGCAGCAGCUCUGGUGGCCGCCGAGCCGUCUUCAAGCCGGGCGUCUCGGUGCCCAUCCGGCCGUUCCUGGGCGUGCUGGGCGUGGCGCCGGCGGGGGCCGAGGCGCUGUCGACGCUGGCGCCGCACCCGCGCAUCGGCGGCAACCUCGACUGCCGCCACCUCGUGGCCGGCGCCGCCGUCUACUUUUCCGCGCAGGUGGCGGGGGCCCUGCUCAGCGCCGGCGACGGGCACGCGGCGCAGGGCGACGGCGAGGUGUGCGGGACGGCCAUCGAGACGCCGAUGCGGGCGCGGCUGCGCCUGACGGUCGAGAAGAGAGGCGGCGACGGCGGCGGCAAAGGGAAGAAGAAGUUGGGGUCGCUGCUGCUGACGUCGCCGCACGUGCUGGCGCCGCCCGAUCCGAUCGACGCCGAGGAGCUGGCGUCGGGCGGCAGGUACGUGGCGCUCGGGGUCGGGCCGGACCCGCGCGAGGCGGCGCGCGAGGCCGUCAGGGGCCUGCUGGGUUGGCUCGAGGCCGACAAGGGGCUGAGCAGGCCCGAGGCCUACAUGCUGGCGUCGGUGGCCGCGAGCCUGGCGCUGGCCGAGGUGGUGGACAUGCCAAACUACUGCGUCUCGUGCUCGAUACCGCUGAGGACGUUUGAGGAGUGGCGAUUGGCCCAAAGAUUGCCCGAAAUGGAAGCUGCGCUCCGACCACUGCAAGGGUAA